AGCUGCUUGCAUUUGUAUUUGGAUCUACACACUUCGCACGCAGGGUGGAGGGCCGGCGAAAUAUACGCAUAGAUCACUGAAGGAAGGUUCACUGCCAAGUAUAUACUAAUAAUAAAAGCUGAUACUUCUAUUCCUCCCUCCUCCAAAAAAAGGUCUACCUAUAGCGACUUUAUUUGUUUGUCGAUCCUCCUUGGAGCGCACAAUCUUUUAUUAUGUGGAAGCAAACCGUCGGUGACUGGCAGGAGCGCCGCCAUCGUCGCAGUGGUCCCGUCUCAACAACCCCGCACGUCUAUCCACCGGAGUCCACCGCCUUAGCGGAGCACAAUGCGCGGGGCUUUCUGCCGCGCGGGUUCCACGAUCGCGUGCCGCCCUCAGCGUAUCCGGCCUCAGAUGGAGUGGAAACACGUCCGCUUGCGUCGAAACAGCCGCAUCAAACUCCUGCACGUGCGCUGACGGAGACGUGGGUGACCGUCACCGGGGCGUCGCCCGAUGACGUGCUCGACGUGCGCGAUUUCCUCGACGCCAACGUGGGCCGCACGGUGUCACACUACCUCCCCCCGCUCACCCGUGUCCGGUCGGACACCGUCUACGUUCAAUUCGCCUCCCCCCUCCAGGCCGCGCAGGCAGUGCGUACCGUUACCUACACGACCCGCGUGGAGUGUGGCGUGGCGGCCCUCGGCAUUAAACCCACCAUCGACGCGCAGGCCCCUCUCUCCCGUCCGCAUUACUACCUUGAGAUUGUGGUGUCGUGGUGUACGGAUCAGAUCUUUGUGGAGGAGCGAGAGCGGUUGCGGCGGCAACUGUUAGAGUCUGCCGCACCAUCUCCACAGCGCCCGAUCUCCACGAAAACGACCGGGUUUCACAAGAGCGCGGAGAGAGACACAGCGUCGAUGUCGCUGGGCUCGUCUGCACGAGAGUCGGAGCCACUCGCCUCGUCCGACGCCGCCAACACCGACAGCGUCGAUGAAAACGACGGAGGCGCGGCGGCGCACCCGCUGCUGCCCCGCCACCGCAUGGGACAGGGAGGCGGGUCGCAACUGUCACCGUCUCCGUGGUCGUCGCGGGCGGGCAGUGCGUCUCCUCGGCGGGCAAGCGCACCAGACGACGCCGAUAGCUCACCGUCGCCGACCUCGUCCUCCGCGUCGCAGUCGGCGGCAAUGGCGGCGUCGGCCAACCCACCCGUGCGGGACCCGGCCGAGUACUACCGAUCCGGCGGCGCGUACCGCUACGAGGACAGCUUCUUCUCCGACGGUCUGCGCAGCACGAACAGAAACAGCCGUCAAAGCAGCACGGUGUUGGCGCUCUUCUUCCAUCCAUGCUCCUCGUCCUGUGGCGUGUUGUACUUUCUGUGCCUCUACACUCCUCUACGUUUUGCGCUGCUGGUGUUGUGGACGCUGGGCAACGCGGUGGGGCAGCUGCUGCCCACCGCUGCCGCUGCGAGAAGGGGACCGCCGUCGCAGCAGAACACGGCGCCGUCGCCGGUGCUGCCACGACUGUCACACUGGAAACAGCGGCGGACCCUGUCUGCGUCGGACGUGGUGCCAGUCUCCGCGUCUCCGGUGGAGUACCUUGCCUUCCUCCUUAACAAGUACGUCCCCUUCACUCCAGAUCCGGAGGAGGUGGACGUGGUGCUUUGGAGUUGGCUGGCGUUGCGCAGUCCGUACCCGCAGCGCAGCUUACACCUCUUGAAGCAGAGCUUGUUGGUGCGGCAGCGGCACACGGAAAUGAUGGUGGGACAGCUGCGUCCCGGCUGUGACGGGGACAGCAUCGGGAACACUGACGUGGAUCAGUACGCAAGAUUCGGCAGUGUAGACGUGCUUGGUGGGGAGCCCUACCACCAUUGGGAACGCCAGCAACAGGCAGAUCGCCAUCGUGAGCUGCUCGUUCUGCUGCGGUGGCGACCGGCGUGGUGGUUCUCGCGAUACUCAUCACUGUCGCUGCUGGUGGCAACCGUGCUUGUCUGCUGCAGCUUCUAUCGCUCUCUUCUCGAAUAA